AUGGCUGUUGUUUCCAACGCUUCCGUUUUAUCCAAAUACCUUUCUCUUGAUCAAAAAGGUUCAGUGCAAGUUGAGUAUGUCUGGAUUGAUGGGUUCAAUCAACUACGCAGCAAGACCAAGACCGUGAACAAAGUGCCAUCAUCAGCAGCUGAGUUGCCCGAAUGGAACUUUGAUGGCUCUUCUACAGGACAAGCGGAAGGCCAUGAUUCGGAUGUUUUAAUCAAGCCAGUAGCCAUGUUCAAUGAUCCCUUCCGUAGUGGAGAUAACAAGUUUGUCAUUUGCGAAACCUUCAAUCCUGAUGGCACCCCACAUAAAACCAACCACCGUCAUGCAUGUAACAAGAUCAUGCAAGCUCACAGCGACUCACAUCCAUGGUUUGGCAUCGAACAAGAAUACAUGUUGAUCGAUCCAGAAACUGAAAAGCCCUAUGGAUGGCCAAAGCUUGGCUAUCCUGAACCACAGGGAAAAUAUUACUGUGGUGUAGGAGCUGGAAAGAUCUUUGGUCGUGAUAUUGUGGAAGCACAUUAUCGAGCAUGUUUAUACGCUGGUAUUACUAUCUCUGGUGUCAAUGCAGAAGUUGCCCCAGGCCAAUUCGAGUUUCAAGUGGGUCCAUGUGAAGGGAUUCAAGGUGGUGAUCAUGUAUGGGCGGCACGCUAUGUGCUAGAAAGAGUAGCUGAAGACUUUGGUAUUGCCGUUACGAUCCAUCCCAAGCCUGUCAAGGGUGAUUGGAAUGGUGCUGGUUGCCACACAAAUUAUUCAACGCUUGAAAUGCGUCAAGAAGGUGGUAUCAAAGCCAUCGAAAAGACAAUCAAAAAGCUGGCUAUGCGCCACAAUGAACAUAUCGCUGUGUAUGGUGAGGACAACGAUCAACGACUCACUGGCCAACAUGAGACCGGUCAUAUUUGUACAUUCAACUAUGGCGUCGCCAAUCGAGGUGCAUCCAUCCGUAUCCCACGUCAUGUCAGCAAAGAAGGCAAGGGUUAUCUCGAAGAUAGACGUCCUGCUUCUAAUAUCGAUCCUUAUCGUGUCACUGGUAUCCUUGUGGAAACUACCUUUUUGCCUGAUGCUUAA